AUGCCUCCUUUACCUAACCAGUCGAUCAAUCAUAUGCAAGGUGCAAAGGGACACGCUCCCCCAAAUAGAGGUAGGCCAAACCCUUCCGCAACCCCAACAGUAUCAUAUACUCCGACGGAUACAAUAAUACCCAGCAGUUUAUACGAUAAGGUACCAAAUUUGAACUUGUAUAAGAGACUUAAGGACGCUGAGCGUAAAAUUGAUCUUUUAGUCUCUAAAAAAGCGUUAGAUUUUCAGGCAAUACAACAAAAGGCAAUUCAGCCCUCAAACUUUAAACGAGAAACUGGUAUUUUGAGGGUGUUUGUUUAUAAUACUUGUGAAAAUCAACCUUGGCAAAAACAACUUUUAAAAGAGCAAGGUCACUCACUUCCAGAUCUCGCUUCAUCUGAAGGCUCAUGGACAUUGAGAGUAGAAGGUCGUUUUUUAAAUACUAAUAAAAAGGACAUUGAUAAACCAUCCUUAAAAUUUAACUCAUUACUCUCAGGCAUCUCUGUGGACAUAAUUCCGAAUGAUGAUUAUCCUGAAUUAAAUGGUGCCUCAAAUAAUCUCAUCGAAUGGAGAGAUCAAGCUACUGGUCCAGCUCAAAAUGGUAGACAAUCUGAUUUUGACGGAUUGGAUAUUAAGCGGGAGGGUAUUUUUGACAUUGACGUAAAAAUUGCUUUGAUGGUAAAAGCCCAGGGAAACAUUUUAAGAAUAAGUGAUGUACUUGCUCAAUUUGUAGGCAAGCAAGAAGCGACUCUGCAGGAGAUUAUUUUUUCCAUAUGGCAGUAUUCCUUGUACAAGUCCUUAUUAAAGAAGCAAAGCUCUUUCACGAACAUACCGGCUGUCUCCUCUGCAUCUGCGUUAAACGAUAUAAACCAAGGAGCUCAUGAUGAUGAACUCUCGACUGUUGAAUGUGAUGAGAUUUUGCAUAAACUUUUAGGGGUAUCUUCCUUUAAAUUUUCAGAUCUUUACAAAUUAUUGCAACCUCAUUUUAAACCUAGGGAACCAAUUAUUAUUCCAUACAAAGUAAAUACGAGAAAGUCUUCAACUUUGGGUGAAGUAGUCAUAGAUAUUCCGGUCGAGUUACCCCCUUCUGUUUCCGAAAUUCAAAAAGACUUAUUGGAAUUUAAUAAAUCCACUUUCGAGGAAUUAACAAGGUCAGAUAACACGAUACAAAAAAUAAAUAAUCGUAUUUCUUUGGGAAUUGUUGCUUUACAAAAUGCAAAUAGAAGAGAAAAGUUCUAUAAAGAAUUGAGCGAGGAUCCUGCUAAAUUCAUAGAAAGGUGGGUCGAGAACCAGCUGACCACAUUAAAGGCUUUAAAAAGUGAUGACAGCUAUGAUGAAGAACUCGUUAGGAGAUCCGAAUAUUUCAUAGAGAAUGAGGACGUAUUGAAAGAGAAGAUAGAUAUUUUAUUGGGAUCAACGCGGUUUUAA